AUGGAGCAACAAAAUGUAUUUAAACAAACGGAAAAGAUUACUAAGAGACAGUAUACCAAAGGUGGUAUGUACCAUAUUGCAGAAUUAUAUGGACGCUACUAUUUGGGCAUCAAUACUCACAACAAUAUUUUGUCACCAAACAGAGUUCAAAUCAACAAUCAGCAUUGGAAAGCGUUGACAUUCUGUUACAACGAGCGCCAAGACCUCCUUCCCAACAAUGAAGGUUAUUUCAGGACCGACAAAGCUCUUCUCAAGAAAUAUGGUGCUAUGAAAACAAAGUAUCAGAACAAAAAGGAGACCAAUACCUCCACCGGCGAACAAAAAAAGAAGAGGAAAUCUGUCAAGGAAGAAAAGGAGCCAGCUCAAGUGAAGUCUAGAGUUGAAGCUUUGGAACAAAUGAAGCAAAUCACGGAAGGCAUGACAAGCAAGCUCGAGGAGAUUAUGAGCAAGCCUCUUGUUGUUGAACACGUUGAAUCUGAAGAGAAGAAGCAGUUUUACAAGACGUUCCUUGAAUUGAUGGAAAAUGGUUUAUAA